AUGGUUCGAAGUGGUUCAGGUGUUAUUGCAAAUAUUUCUGUACAAUUAAACAAACCAGAAAAACAUGAUACGAAAUUUUGUCUUUCACGCGUUCUUCUCAAUGAUAUUCAUCUAUUAAAAUCAAGUAUGAGUGAAAAACCAACUAAACCUAUUGUAGAACAAAUUACUGAAAAAAUGGAGGAACUUGAAGUUGAUAAAGGACAAAAUUUAGAUGAUGAAGAAUUAGAUGAAGAAGCAUUAGCUAUGAAAGCCAUGGGUUUACCCACAUCAUUUACAUCAUCCAUGAUUGAACGAUCUAAACCUCAUCGUCGAACACGUUCACGAUCUUUAUCAGAUGAAUCGCCAUUGGAAAAUACUCAAAUAACUAAUGAAGAUUUAUUUAAAAAUGCAUUAGAUCUUUGGCUUGAAUAUUGGAAUCUUAAUGGUUAUCAACUUGCAACAGAUACUUGGACAUCAAAUUCCGAUAUUCACAAUCGUUCUGAUGGACAUGAUACAUCACAUUCAUCCGAUGAUUCAUUAUCAAAUGUUCAAUCUGAACAUGCAAUAGCCGAUCUUUGGAGACAACAUUAUUUAUCUACCUAUGAUCUAUCACUUCGUGAAUAUUGUCUUAGUCAUCAACUUGAUUAUGAUCAAUUUGUUGAUUAUAUUUCAAAUACUUAUGGUGAUAAUGAAAAUGACUUACGAACAAAAACUAUCAAUCGAAAUGAGUCAAAUGGUGAUAAUGAUGAAAUACAUAAACGAAUGAAAACCAAUAAUGAUUUACUAGAUGAACACAGUGAAACAAAAAGUCAAUUUGAACGUCUUGGCCUUUAUUUAAAUGAGUCAAAUUUAUCGAAUAUGAAAUCAUCAGUAAUUGAAUAUACAAAAAAUUGGAAUCAUUUAUCCUAUGGGCUUGUACUUAAACAAGCUAUUCAUUUACAUACACAAUGGAUGGAAGAUGAUAAAAUGGCAGUUGAUGAUGAAGUUACGAAAGAAAAUAAACCAAAAGAUAAAAAGAAAAAAUCAAAACAACUUAUUCUUGAUAAAAAAAAUAUUCCUGAAGAAUUUCAUAAUGAUUCUGAACUUUUAAAAUAUUGGCUUCAACGUUAUCGACUUUUUUCAAAAUUUGAUGAAGGAAUUGUUCUUGAUCGAGAGGGAUGGUUUAGUGUUACACCAGAAAAAAUUGCACGACAUAUUGCUAAACGUUGUCGAAGUGAUGUUAUUAUCGAUGCAUUUUGUGGUGUAGGUGGAAAUACUAUACAAUUUGCAUUUACAUGUGAAAGAGUAAUUGCUAUUGAUAUUGAUCCAAAAAAAAUUGAAAUGGCAAAACAAAAUGCACGAGUUUAUGGAGUUGAAGAUCGAAUUGAAUUUAUUCAAGGUGAUUUUCUUGAAUUAGCUCCAACACUAACUGCAGAUAUCGUCUAUUUAAGUCCACCAUGGGGUGGUCCAUCGUAUGGUACAAUUGAUUUAUUUGAUCUUGAAAAAAAUAUUGAAUUAAAUGGUUAUCGAAUAUUUGAAGUUGCAAAAAAAAUAACACCUAAUAUUGUUUAUUUCUUACCACGAAAUGUCAAUGUUGAACAAGUAAUCUCAUUAAUGGAUGACAAAUCACCAUUAGAACUUGAACAAAAUUUUCUUAACAAUCGAUUAAAAACCAUAACAGCAUAUUUUGGUGAUUUAGCCAAACAAACUAAUUAUUAA